GUUUCACGAGGAAAUCACAAUUUACGUCUUGUGGAUAUAUCGUGCCGGUUUAUAAUUAGUUCUCGUAUCGGCUAUUGAUUUUGUUCAUAAAUAAACCAUAGGACCCAGAAACAAACAUCAUACCGUAGGAACAAUGGCCGACAAUGUUGAACCUAAACCUAAGAAUGAGGCUGUAACUCCUGAGAAAGAUGAUGAGAGGUGCGAAGAGACGUCUCCACCGCCUCCGCCGACGCCGCCAGCCGCGGAAGAGGACACUCAAGAAAUCAUUGUCGUCAACGAACUCACUAAGGAACUCGACUUGAACCAUGGCAGGAUUGGGAAAAUUGAAAACCUUGAGGACUUGCGACGGUUGGAAAGGCUGUACCUCCGUUGGAACCUCAUAAAGAAGAUAGAGGGGCUCGCCAACUUGACCACUCUGGUGGAGUUGGAGCUGUAUGACAACCAGAUUACUGUCAUGGAGAAUAUGGAGACACUUGUCAACCUCGAAUUACUAGAUCUAUCCUUCAACCGCAUCAAAGAGAUCCAGGGCCUGGACAACCUCACAAAGCUAACCAAGCUCUACCUCAGUUCCAACAAGAUCACAGAAAUCAAGAAUGUGAACCACCUCACGCGGCUGGAGAUGUUGGAGCUCGGAGACAAUCGGAUCAGGGAAAUAAAAAACCUCAAUGGCCUUGUUAAUCUCAGACAACUCUACCUCGGCAAGAACAAAAUCAACAAAAUCCAGGGUUUAGAAUCCUUCGCCGAGCUCUCUAUUCUCGUUCUCCAAAGCAACCGCAUCAUCAAAAUGGAGAACCUGGGACCGCUGGUGAACCUCGAUCAGCUGUAUUUGUCGGAGAACGGGAUUGGGAAGAUUGAGGGGUUGGAGAAUUUGAGUAAUCUGCAGACGUUGGAUUUGGCGCAGAAUAGACUCACGUCGAUUGAUAAUUUAACGCAUAUGAUUGAGCUGGAGGAGUUGUGGUUAAACGACAACCAGAUCAGCGACUGGGUAGACGUCGAACGUCUCCGGCCCAACGACAAACUGAUCACGAUAUACUUAGAGCGCAACCCCGUGGCGUCCGACCCUGCCUACCGACGCAAGCUGAAGCUGAUUAUACCUAGUCUGCACCAGAUCGACGCGACCUUGUGUAGAUAAACAUGAACUAUCCAAGUAACCCCAAUCAUUAUAUACUUGAAGCGCAACCCCGUGGCAUCCGACCCUGCCUACCGACGCAAGCUGAAGCUCAUCAUACCCAGCCUGCACCAGAUCGACUCCACCCUGUGUAGAUAAGCGUACUAGCCAUGUAACCCCAAUCAUUGUAUACAUGGAGCGCAACCCCGUGGCAUCCGACCCUGCCUACCGACGCAAGCUGAAGCUGAUUAUCCCUAGUCUGCACCAGAUCGACGCGACCUUGUGUAGAUAAACAUGAACUAUCCAAGUAACCCCAAUCAUUAUAUACUUGAAGCGCAACCCCGUGGCAUCCGACCCUGCCUACCGACGCAAGCUGAAGCUCAUCAUACCCAGCCUGCACCAGAUCGACGCCACCCUGUGUAGAUAAGCGUACUAGUAAUAUAACCCCAAUCGCGAUAUACUUUGAGUGCAACCCCGUGGCCUCCAACCCUGCCUACCGAUGUAAACUGAAGCUCAUCAUCCCCAGCCUGCACCAGUGUAGAUAAGCGUACUAGCCAUGUAACCCCAAUCAUGAUAUAUUUAGUGCAACCCCGUGGCAUCGGACCCUGCCUACCGACGCAAGCUGAAGCUGAUUAUCCCCAGUCUGCACCAGAUCGACGUGACCUUGUGUAGAUAAGCAUUAACUUGCCAAGUAACCCCAAUUAACUCCGACAUACCCAGCCUGCACCAGAUCGACGCCACCAUGUGUAGACAAGCGUACUAGCCAAGUAACUUCAACAUACUGGGAGCGCAACCCCAUAUAUGGCCUCUAACCCUACCGUCGCAAGGUGAAUAGACGCCAACCUGUGUAGAUAAGCGUAUACUGGCCCUGUAACCCCAAUCACGAUAUACUUUGGGCGCAACCACUCAUAAAGGACAAAAUCUUCAGCAACCAUUCGCUAAAUCUGGACGUACCUUACAAUAGAUUCUUAUAGCUGAGAAACUUUACCCCUUAGACAUAACGUAACCCGUAUUUACGGUAAGUACACAACUAAAUUAAAAAUAAUACUUUCAUAUUAGACCAACACUUAAAUAACAAUAAUGAAAUUACUAACAUUGAAGUUUGAAAUGAUUUAAAGAAAUAAAUAAUAUAUUGUCAAAUAAUGUUCUAAUCGUGUGUUUAGUUAAAAAAAUAUAUGAGAAGAAAACAUAAAAAAACUAUGGUUAUUUAUAAAUAUAUGUACAUCUAAAUACAAUAAGUGUGUUUAAAAUAAGUAUGCAGCUUUCUGUUAUGUUUAUAUUAUUUUGCAUUUAUUAAUUUAGUCAACAGGUAAGGUAAUUCGAUUAAAUCAUACUUUGUAUUUUCAUAAGACUAAUUGUUGCAUGUUUUCAUUAAUAAGUAUCCGCUUGUCCUGUGCUAAUAUUAAGAUUCAAAGUAUGCAUGUUAUUUGUUUAAUAGAUGUAAAUCAUUGUCACAUAUCAGUUAAACUGAAAUCAUUCAUAGCUGUAAUUUGUAUUGUAUUGUGAACUUAUUAUUCUAUUUAUCUUAUAUUGUAAGGCUGUAAGCUAUGUCUAAAGUAAACUAUUUAGUUUAAUUUUUUAACAACUGCCUAUAAUCUUAUGCCGUCUAGUUGGAAACCAACAUAUUUGUCUUCAAUUCGUCGUACAUUUCUCAUCACUUAUUAUAAAGUGCCUAAAAUAAGCCAAAAUAAUACCAUCCUAAUGAUAUAACGAAGAAGUGUGGGACGGUAAAGUAAUAUUAGCAUUUAUAGGUAGAUACACUAGAUACGUUACGAUUUUCACUGAACAAUCAAGCUUAGGAGUCCCCAUACAACGUUACUUCCAAUCCGUUCCGCAAAAACAAAGCUGGAGAUCUGAGAACAUGACCCACGAUAAAGUAACUAUAGUUGGUCAAACCAAAUUGGCAGUAAAUAAGAACAAAAAAAACUACUCAUCCUUUUUUUUUUGGGUGCUAGUACUAGUGUAAGACAAAGAUAGUAUGAUUCUCUCUGUCUAUGUUUGAAAUGAGACAGUCCUUUGACAAACUAUAUAAUAAAAGGCCCCGGGGUGUCACCUUCGUGCGGACGAUUUUUGAGUGAUGCCCCCUAACGGAGCGACCGAUCGUUCGGUGGACACUCCGAUCCCCGAAUGGCGUUCCAGAACCGUGGAUCGCUGAUCCAUAUUUGGAUCAUUAAAUCCAGAAAGUCCCGGCUAUAGGAAUAAUUUAAAUUAUUAUGCUUAAUGAAUAUUAACGUGGGUAACGAAUUAUUAACGUCCAUUUCAUCUUUUUAAAACCCAAGUAAGGCUUAGAAUUCACUGCGAUUCAUUUCUUGCGGUUUCAGUCUUGCAAGUGCGUUCGCUUAUGGAGCAUGCCGUUCAUUACACUUUUUUGCAGUUAAACCACAAGAAAUUAAUUGCAUUGCUUUCUAAGCCUUAUAAAAUAACUACGUCAUAAUAUUAAGAUAAUUAUAUGUUUAGCAUUUUAAUGCUUAGUGAAAUUUAACCCUUUAGUUAAUAUUAUAUAGCCAACAUAUUUUUAAUGAUGUUUUUUUAAACUUCGAAUUUACGGUGCACUGAUUAAAUUAAUUAUGUAUGAAUACUUGUUUACAGUAUUUAUUGAUUCCAUUACACAUAUGUAUAAUACUUAAUACGCGUAUUAAUUAUGAAUAAUCAUUGUUAUAUGUUAAAUUAAGUAUAUGUUGCUCUAGUUCAAUGUAAACACAACAUAAACAUACAUUUGCUCGUAAAUCAGCAUACAUUUACGAAGUCAGGCAAGGCACUAUCAGUAAAUUGAAAACAGUCGUCACAAAAAUGACUCCGUAGUAUGCAGCUUAACUGGCAAACCGAAAUCCACCUUCGGACUUAGGUAUAAGGUUUCUUUUGGUAUUAAUAUUAUAAAGAGUUUGCGUGUUAGUCAAGAAGCUGUAAUUUACUAUUGUCUUGUACAGUCGCCAUCAGAUAUAUCGGAGCGGCCGAUGUGAUCACAAAUAUCUGAACACGCACUCUUUUGUCAAGGCAUUAGAGUGCGUGUUCAGAUAUUUUUGAGCACCUCGGCCGCUCCGAUAUAUCUGAUGGCGACUGUUAGAUAUCAUGCACUGAUAAUAUAGUAGGCCCUCGGGUAUAAAAUCGAAAAGUCGGUAUCUGCCUCUCUAUCGCUCGAAUGGGCAAGACUCAAGAGUGAUAGAGGCAGAUAACGCAAUUCUCUUAUUUUCGCGGCACCUAGUCCCUCAUCAGUAACUGACUGACGACCUGAUCACGAAAAUUAAUACACGAUAUUUGUUUUAACCUUUUCGACGCCGUGUCAAACACAAAACGCCGUGUCACUCGGACGCCACGUCACCGAAGUGUCAAAACUGAAAUUGAACUUUAUGCACAUGCACGUAGGUCUAUGUUGCGCUGUUGUCUGUGACGGAUUAAUCAGUCUAUGUCGUUGGACCUGCGGUGCCGAUAUAUCCGUCAUUGGCGUCCAAAAGGUUAAUAAUGUUAGCUGGAUGUAUUCUAGCAAUUUUAAACAGUUUUUACCGGAGAACUGUAGAGAUUGUUGAGGAUAAAUUAUGUAUUAUUGAGUUAAGUGUAAGCGUAGUCGCGUCUUCCACGGUCAAACUGGAGUUCGCAAUAAAUGUUUGCAAAUAA